AGUAGUACUCCGUAGGCCUAACAGAUUAGAGGCAGAUAUCGUAACACCAUCUCAAAAGUCACGUGAUCUAAAAUUAACGUUAAUUAUCAAGUGUUGUAUGAUUGGUUGUAAAUAUGUCGAUAUUAUUUAGUGUGUUAUUUGUUUACAAACUGUUUCAAUAAUGCAUUUUAUAUAUGGGCUUUCUUUUGAGGCUGUAUUUUGUGCCAGAUAAACUUACUCCGUUUUUGUCAAAGCAGAAGAGAAGCCUUCGUGUGUGAGUGUUUAAGCUUUGUUGUGACUUGAUUCGUAAUAAUGGAACUGGAGGUUGAAAUUAUUAAUGUCAGAUGCCAUCUGAUGGAUUUUAUUGUUAAAACUUUCUGGCAUUUCAAACAGAAGACUUAUGGCAUGUAGUGUGGAUAUUUAAAAAUAUUUUUUAUUUUUUAUUUUUGUGAGAAGUGUGAUGGCAGUGCGGGACCUUCACUGUGAAAUAAAAGGAAAUAAACAUAAAGUGAACGAUCUUGUUUCGAUUUAAAACAUGCAGUACUCUCAUUCAGUCUGUUUGCUAGUUACGUACAUUAUUUAUUGUAUGAAUAUUAUGAACAGACAAUAUUGUGGAAUGUGGAAGUUGAUACGAAACAUUUAAACAGCUAAUAUGUUAAGGUGGAGAACAAUUAGGAAAAUUAAAAGCAUUGCCCUAUAAGGUCACGGCCCUUACGUGUGUAAACACUAACAGAAUUUUUUCUAAUUGUUAUGUUUUAAUUCCGUAAUGUUGGUAGUAUUUUUCUGUGUAAUGAUGAAGAUUUUAGAAUUUUCCUCGGGCAACGUUAUUGUUAACAAUAAUAACAUCAGAAACAAGAUCAGAAACAAUAACAUUAACCGCAAGAAUGACAUCAAAUCCCAUCAGCGCCAUAAAAGAUGCGGCCGAGGUUUUCAACCCAACAGCCACCAGAGAGGAAUGAGCGAGGAGACCUCUAAAGUAAAAACUGGUGGAGUCCACAGCCCCGAAUCCGACUGCAACUCAAACCACACCAGCAACAUUGUUGCUGCAGCCGACAAAAAUGGCGAGACAACCACAACUUCAAGUUUCAUCAGCAAUGCUUCUUCACAGGAUGUGGACUUCAUUCAGGACAACUCUGAUUAUCAGUGGUUUCUUGAAUAUGGUUAUCGGGACGGAUCGUCCGCCACCCAUCACUCACUGCACCAUCACACCAGCGUUCUGUCAUCUGUAGCAACAUCGUAUGCUUGUGAUGACCUCACAUAUUAUGAUGACAUGGCCAAGAACUUGGAUGCAAACUUAGCUGAGGUGGACAUGGAAGACUUCCGUACUGAAGAUAUCCAUUCAAUCCUCACCACAUUACCAGCCAUGUGCUGUGGAGAACUUCAGUCCGAACGUGAAGGUGAGAUGUUUGCGAGUGUCUCAGGUUCUAUGAUGACCAAGUUUGAUCUCGAUUCCUCCAUAAGCCCUCACACCAGCUCUCAGGGAGAAGAGGAUUCUGCAGGCUCUACAGACACCAUGUCCAUCUGCAAAUCAGAGCUGCUGUUCUCACCAGUGAAGGAAUGUCCUCUCCCAUCCACCAACUUCAGCGUUGACUCCCUGGACUGCGACCUUCUCACAGAACAUGACAUCAUGCUCACUUGUCAGGCUAAUAAAGACAACUACACCAUUGCCUUUGAGGGCAGUAUGACACUCUACUCUGAAGAUUCAGACUACCAUGAAGCAGGUGAAAGUGAGGCCACGACAUCAGGGAGCAACAAUUGGUCGAGUACCCGAUUUGUGCAUCCGGCAGGUGGACGAGGUGUGGGGGGUAGCCGUCCAUUGGACACGUCGAUGGCUCGCUCAGAUUCCGUCUAUACAACAUGGAGCAAGUUAAAAAAACGUUCAAGCGAGGUGCAGCUAACACGACACCCAUCCGGGAACAACAAUACUACUUGCGCUGAGGGAGCAUGCAUUCCUAGUUUUCAGCCUGUGGAUGCCACAGCCCUCAAGAGCCAAAGUAUGCCCAACCUGUCACGACAACAGCGCAGGUGUCUGUUGGCUUCCGUGAGCAGUUCAUCGAUGGAAUCAGAACCAAGAAUGAGACCACAUUUAGGGGGUUGUGUGAAGCUUUAUGAUGUUCAUAACCAUCAUAACAGCAGCAGUCUUCUUUCAGCACACUCAGAAACCAACAGUUCACUGGAUGGCGCCAGUAGCUGCAGUGGCGGAGGUGGCCGGAAGCAACAUAACUUCAGUCUUGUCAAACUUUAUAUGAAACAGAAGAGUGUUAGUAAUGAGGGAAUGUUUUGUGCUAUGGACCAGUCGUCUGUCAGUGAAUGCUGGCCAGCUUCUAACAACAGCCAGUCAGAAGGUGAGAGUGAUUCGUAUAACCAAGACUCCAUGCGACAGAGACCUUGUCAUGUGAUCAACAUUGCUCCACCUGCCAGCCUUCUGAAUGUUACUCGUGGCCUGCACGUUACGACGGACCAUGAGAACGGUGCCCUCGGUUGUCUUAAUGAUUGCUGUUGUGAACUGCACGAUACAGGAAACACCUGUGACAAUGGUAAUAAGACCAGAACGGAUUAUGGUACUGAAAAUGGAAAUGAUUGUAAAACAUCAAUGGCUGAUACUCUGGAUGGAGCUACCAAUAACUGGAUUCGAGCAGAUGAUGCUACAACUGACUAUUCCACGUGUUGUUUUGAAGAUAGCCUGGUGGAACCGAGCAAGAAGGAGGACUCAUACACUCAUAGGCAGCAUGAGCUUAUUGAGGAAGAAGAGGAACGUGACUCAGACCAGUCAGAGUCAGUUGAGCAGUUGUCAGAGAGUGUCUCAAAGAUUGAAGAAUCCACUUUGGAUAUAAGAGCAAACAGCUGUAUUAUGUACAAGUUAUUGAAACCAAAGUAUAGUAGUAGCAUUGCGAAGAAUAUGACAAUGUUCAAUGUAAACAACAAUAACAGUAUUGAGAGAGAGGACAUCCAGAUUCUUGGAAGGAAGAGACAGAGACAGGGAACCCAGACCAAAAGGUUGAAUAGUUGUGGUAAUUCCACACCUUCAUUGUCUGGUGAGAGUAUAAGUAACUGCAGUUCCAGUGAGGAAACAGAACCAACAAGAUUACACAUCUUAUCACCUUCUACAAGAAAAGCUUGUAGCAGUCCAGCUACCAUUGCAUGUACCAAGAGCACAGCAACUCAGAUACCAGUGCAUCUUGUGCAUCGAAGUAUCCAAACUUCAGGGUAUGCUGAUGUUAACAUGCUUAAGGCAGCUCCUUUCAAACUGCUGGAAAGUCCUAUUGGAACUUCUCUAGUCAAGAUCAUCCUACCUAAUGUGAAAACAUUUCCAGGAGAAAGCAGGCUAGGAGAUGAGGCAAAGAAACCUGUAUAUGUGUUUUAUCCAAAUUAUACAUUACCUGAUUUAGCUUUCUUGAAAGAGAAACAGAAAGAUUUAGAUGUAGCAAAAGUAUUUCUAAUGCCUCAGAAAUUCUCACCUCCACAUACUCAUGAGUCUGAUAAAUUGAAUUCUCAGGCUAGGGCUGCAGGUAACAAGAAGAUCCCAAGUACUGGUAAACCUCAGCGACCCUUCUCCUGCAAUGAUGUGGAGGCUCUCCGCAAGAAGGGUUUUGCUCACAUCCGAGACUGGGACUCUCUAACCUUCUUGCUUCCAAGAGAAUAUCGUCAGAUAUUAGCUGAAGUUCCAGAAAUUGUACAUCACAUGAAGGGAAAGAAUGAAGAUUCACUCCGACCUCUGUUUUGUGUGUCUCCUCCACUACGUCCACGCAACAAGAUUUCAAGGCCAGUGAGCUGUGACUGUUCAUCACUUGUAACAACUGCAGAAGUGAAACCCCUUCCAGUUGGCAGUAACACAGCAACAAAUGUAUCCUCAUCAUCUAGCACUGCAACACAACCAUCAUCAGGCUACCGUGGUUCCUCCACCAUCCUCACAGAUUCAUCUUCAAAUCACAAUCAAAGCAAUUAUAAUCCUCUUUUUGUAUACCGUUAUGACAGCGUAAGCUCGGAGUCUAGUCUUAUGAUGAAUCAGCAGAAACCGGCAAGUGCCCAACAGCCAUCAUCACCUCCACUACCCAAGCGUUCAGUCUCACUCUCAAGUGGAGGAGAAGCAUCAGGUCCUGAAAAACAUGAAGACUCUGGUAUGAAUUCACCAACACCACCUAGACCACCACUCCCUCGAGGAAUUCUGCGUAAAUCCCUGGAAAGCAAUAACGGCAAUGCAGUUCAUUAUAAUUGCAAAGCCCAUAAGAAUAGUGCCAACAGCAAGAGGUAUAGUAUGUUUGAAUUAGGAGGCAUGACAGAAAUUUGCAGGGAUAGCAAGAAAAUGUUAGUGCAGAACAAGCGGCAAUCUCUGCAAGAUACUGACUUUUCAGAAUAUGCUGUGCUAUCAAAGAAAACCACAGGAAACUGUAAAGCAGCUGAAGGUACAUGGAGGAGAAUUCCAUCAGAGAAAGAUGUUGAUGAAAUGGAAGAUGAAUAUGAUGAUGAAGGAGUAGAUGCUGGGACAGAUACCAGCUUCGAGGAAGGUCAUUUAGAUUACCAGGUUCGACCUCCAACACCACCCAUCCCAAGGACACCUGAUGUAGAAGAUAGGUACUGCUUUACAAAAUCAAAGCCAGAAGAGCAGCCCAGGGAUGAAGAUGAAGUGCUCCAGUUGGAGGAAUUUUUACAGAUGAGUGGUCUGUCAGCUGUCUGCUCUGCUGAGAGCCUUAAAGAAUGGAAUGAAGCUGACACGAUAAAAUUACGUCAACAAGUCAGUAAGUUCCUGUCUUGCAAACAAAGUAAAGACACAUCAUCCCAUCAAGCAACUGGUGAACUUGAUGGUAAACCUGGAAGAACUCCAAACAAUACUCCAGAGCACCAUACAGCCUGUGACUGCUCUAGCAGUAUCAAGACAGCAGGACAAAAGAAGACUGUGAGCUUUGCUGAGAAAGUGUGUGUUCAUGUCCGUGAGGCAAGUACACCAACUGAGGCUGCUAGUGAUAGAGUUCUGUCGCACACUCCUCCAAACUCUCCUAAUAUAUCAACAAAUCUUGGGACACACAAAGCAUAUCAGUGCAAGGCAAAUCCCCCAUUGGUGGAUAUGCCCAUCCGAGAGGAAGUAGAGUUAAGUCCUGAUGGAUAUGCCAGCCCACCAUCCGAAGGAAGAAGGGUAGCCAUAGUGCCAACCAUUAGUGUGGCCCAGCGUCCCAUUCCUGUUGACCUGUCUCAGAAAAGGGAGCUUGUGACUGCAGUCAGUGAUGCAGUGGAACAGAUAAUCUGCCACUUCUCAGCAGCUCAGAACCAGGCACACCUCAACACGCUGGGAGACUCAAGUCACACCCCAGCCUGUGCCCAGUUGGCACUCGCCAAACUGUGCCCUGCUCUGUAUGCUGUUCUGUGUGAUGGGCUGCAACCCACUCUGAACACAGCUUUUGGUUCCAUACAGAACUCAGUGUGGCAGGUUGUGGAGGCUUCAGCUCAGCAAGGUCCCAUGACAAAGGCUCUUAGUGACUUGGUCCUGAGGCUGAAUGGUGAAGAUGUCCUUACAGAGGGUCUAAUGAAGUUCAAUGCAUUUGUUUUUGGACUCCUGAAUGUGCGCUCAUUAGAUGCAUGGACAGGAUAUCUGCGUACAAGAGAAAGUGUCCUGCGCAAGCAUUACACAACAGAGGGUCUCUUUUUGCUGGCAAAUACUGCAGGUGCCUCUGUAAGGGCACUCACAGACCAGCUUCUUGCAUCUCUUCAGCCUUUGUCUCUUCUGCCAUUCAAGUUGGAUCUACUGUUUGAGGUUCGGCAGUUGCACCUCAGUCUGCGACGCAUGGGCUCCCUUCCUCAACCAGACGUCUCUAGCCAACAGUCUUCCACAUCAUCUCCUACAAGUGGAAGACCCUGGACCCUGAUGAAGAUUGUACGAUCGAUUCAGAAUAGUCUUAGUCAGUCUGGUGAUGAGGAAAGCCAAGGAGGCUGGUACCAUCGCAGACCAGUAUCAUCAGAGCUGUUGCCACAAGCUGAAGAAACAGCACACCAUCCUAACUGCACUUCAGGCUCUUCAGGCAGUCCUCCUCUUCCAGAUCUGCUGGACUCCUCUUCCUGUCCUCACAAACCAUGGACUGGGGAGGAUAAACCAAGACCUCGAUCAUGUGUUGAUAAUACAGUCCAGGGAGGAGGAGGAUUCUCACUUGUAACAGACAUAGCAAGUACAGUGAAGAAACGUUGGAGUGGCAUACAGCUUAGCUCCAAGCUUUUCCAAGCAUUUGACCGUCUAGCAGCAGAGGACACAGAGGAGGAAUAUUCAGACAGUCUGGAGAAUAAGCCAAGAGAAAGGAAAAGACAGACAUCUAGUUCAUCAAACAAUUCAACUAGUGACGACUAUGCAGAUAACAUCAAUAGAGAUGAGUCUGCUUCACCAGCACCUAUGUCGGCUGAGCAAACUGUGAAGACUAAUGAGACAAACUCGGAAGAGUCUGUACCAGAAAAGAAGCCUGCUGCUGGAACUGGAGGAGGCAAGUUUAGAAGGUUGCAGAUGAAGUGGGAAAUGUUGAGUGGUAAAGAAGUAAGUACAAAUGAGAAAGUUUCACCAGGAGGAUUGACUUCACCAGGUCAGACUAGUGAUAGUGCUGGUGGAAGCACCAACACCAGUGUUACCGGUAGUUGUCGAUCAAAGAUACCACGUCCUGUGAGUUCACCUAUUAGAGCUUCAAGUAUCCCUGUCCUGUCUCCUCAACAAUCUACUCGCUCUAAGAAGACUGCUUCAAUGCCACCUACCCCUACAAGCUCAUCACAACUGAAAAGGCCAAGUAAUGUCAGUGCCAAGAUUAAGAUCAGCCCAUCAGGUAUAAAAGAAAACAGUGAUGGAAAAGACAGUACAGUUAGACCUCAGACUGGUAAAUCUGCAAAUGUAAAUAUUACACCCGUUGUGAAACGUCAGCCCUCGGCAGCGACACGAUGCAGUAGAGUGGAUCAGUUGCACAGUGAGGAGCAGGGACAUGGUCCCAGGGUACAUGCAACUAGACCAAGUAGCCUGCCAUAUAGACCAGCCAACACAACACAGGGGAACAAGAGUGGACAGGCAGCAAGUAAGACAGAGGUACAGAGGAGAGCUGCAUCCUCGUCGCUUAAUAGACAGAGGCAUGGCGACAGUCAGGAUGGGCCAAGGUAUGUUCAAACAUUAUAUCAUCGCCUACCUUCAGACAGCGGUCACUUAUCGUUCAACGAAGGUGAACGACUGCGCCUCGUAUUGGAAGUGGAUGAGAAGUGGCUACUUUGUUGUAGGGGCAAUCAGAAGGGGCUGGUUCCAAGAACAGCUGUAAAUGCAGGUCUGGUACCAAGGCAAGCUGUGAUUGCAAUACAAGACAACAUCUCAAGAUUUUAAUGAUGAUCCAGGAUAUGACAACACAACAGUGUCACAAAACCCAGCUUGUAAGACUGUCUAAGGCAAGAAUAUUAUGAGGCAUUUCAUACCAAGAAUAACUUUUAUAUACAAAUAUAAUAUAAAUAAAAUAUUCCCAUUCUUCAGCAGAAAUGUAACUCUUAUAAUGGUCUCUGUCUUACUGUAUAGUAUACUAACAACACAUUCUGCACAGUAUAUAUAUAUAUGUGGGUACUUCGCUUGUAACUAUAGUACAACAUAUCUUAUGUAUCAUGCAAUGCUGAUUUUGAACCAUAAUCUUGUGACCAGCUGACUGCUUCUUGAUAUGAAAUGUCUCAUUUGUCUGAAAGGAUGCAGUUUCCUGCCCCAUAUUAUUAUAUUAAGCACAAACUAAACUUUAAAGACUUUUCUUGUGAGAUGAUUGCAAAGUGUGAUUGUGUCAGGUAAAAGUGAAAGAAUUAAGGGAAGAAGAUUAGCUUCUGAGUGUUGUGGCUUUAUGAUGUCAGGGUAUUUGCAGAUAUUGAUGAAAUUAAUUGCCAUGCUGCUUGGUCCUGUGUUGUACUAAAUACUUCUUUAUUAUGAUGUAGAAAUAAUGUGUUAGAUCUGUGUUCCCUGUAUAAGCUAAUGACAGAGAAUUGAUCUUAAUGAUAGAUAUUAAGUUUGCAAGUAGUAGAAUAAAUUCUUGCAGCUGCCAAGAAAUUUUUGACCCCAAGUUACUGAUAUUGUGAUAAUCCUGUCUUAAAUUUAAUGAUCCUCAUUUCUUAUGUCUUUAUGUGUGUUCAUUGUUCUUGUCACUUCGGGCUUGAAGCUGCUUGUAUGUAAUCUCUUUAACAGCUUUAGCUUUGUAAGGCGACCAGUAGUUGGCACCGUUCUGUAGCGUUUAUUCUGCACCUGAGCUUGCAUGGGCCAGGUAUAUCCCGUUGAUACCUUGUGGACCCCACUCCCAGCUCCCUCUCUGUAUUCAUUCUUGUGUAGAAUUUCUUCUUUGUGUUUAUUAAAUUUUCCAUUCAAAUUUAUUUUUCCAACUUGUUAUUUGCUUCUAAAUAAAUGUUUUACAGUUAUCAGGAACUGAAGAUUUUUCAAAAUGGAGCUCACAGCUACAAAUACAAAACUUUGAAUUUAAUAUUUAAGCACUGUUCCAUGGUUCAGCACUGGAUAAAAUAUUAAUAGGAAGAACUGGAAAAGAGUAAAAAUAUCAGUUUCCUUGUUAUUUAUGUAUAAAAUUAACAUGAAAUGUGUCACAAUAAAUUGGAAACUAAAAUGUGUUAUUUUUGUUCAGGCUUGCAAAGAACAGAUCAUUCAUUACAAUUUUAUAUCAAUUCUGCUCAUGAGUUGUGCAGCUGUGCUGAAUAUUGCAUGAAAUAAUUGUACAAAAAUUGACAAAAUUAAUGUACGAUAGGUGAAAAAUGUAGGACGCUUAUACAGCAAUUUACUGAUAGACAUCAACAUAAGAUGUUCUGACAAUUUGUCUGUUAUGCGAUUAUGUUAAAGGAAUGAGAGGCAUUCUUGUGAAACAUUAUCUGCAGUAACUAAAAAAAAUAUGGAGUACUUGUAUUUUAAUACUAUUUUAGAGACUGCAGGAAGUUCCUUCACAGAGUAUCGUAACUAGAGCAUUUAUCAAUUCAUAGAAUUAAACGGUAUUUUUAAUUUUCAAUAAAUUUAACUGAAUACACACCAGUUUUGCAAGUUUGUAUAUGGCUGAUAACUUCAUAUGAUCUCCAUAGAUUUAUGAAAUUCUGUAAUGUCAGAAUAUUAUGACAGCUGUUAGAAUUUAUUCUUGUGCAAGGUUGCUAGUUCUUACCAUAAUGAAAAAUCUUUCUUUUUUUCUACAAGUACAAAUACUGGUAUCAUGACAUGCAUGUGAUGCAGUAAUGUAUGCAAUCCUCUCUGCACUCCCUAAUGUUAAUCUGUUCAAUGUUACCAACCCAAGAUAAUAUAAGACCAAAUAUGUGGGAAUGAAUAGCAUAGUUGUUAUAACAGUAUGUGAUAUAUUUAUAUUCUAGGGUAAAAACUCAUCCCAUAUCCCUUGUGACGUAUAUGUAGGUUUUGUUUAACGUAGCAAUAUAUAGAUAAUAUUCCAGCAAAAGUGACAAUUGACUAAGUAGGAUUUUAGGUUCAUGGCAGUGACUCCCAAGAUGACUCUUCUGAGCGUAGCACUAUGCAGUCUGGUAGAAGUUUACCAACCAUCAGAGUAAUGAGUCACCCUGAUGAUGGGGGCAGCAAGGACCUCUGAAAUGUUGAUAAACUUCUGCCAGACUACAUGGUGCUGCAACAAGUUUUUUUUAUUACUUUUUAAGUAAUUUCUUUGUUAAGGUGUAGCAGUUGUUGAAAAAUGUUUAAUUUAAAAAAUAAGAUAACCUUUCAAGCUUAAAUAUGAUUCCUUUUAUAUGGUAUUAUGGACGUUAGCACUAGUACAAGAAAGAUGCAGUGAGCAUGUAAAAUAUAUUCUUAGUUUCCUUGCCUACAGAUUAAUUUCUGACUAAUGAAGUCUGAUGUGGUAAAUGGUUAUACUUUCAUUGUUUUGACUCUUUGAUUACUUAUGCUGAUGAGUAGAAACAUCUGCCUUACUUUAUUUUCAAUAUAGGAACUGUCUUUGUUUAGUACUCUUAAAUAUCAGUUUAUAAAAUUUGUUUAAAAAUAUAGGCACUGAAAUAAGAUAUAAUAAUAAUGGAAUGUACCAAUCUCAUGCUGUAAACAAAUUUAUGCUUAUCUUCACAAUGAUGAUGAUGAUGAUGAUGACGAUCAAGAUCAGGUGAUAUGUAAUUAUAUUCAUAGACCUCAGAUAUAGGUAGAAGGUCAGAUUGGGCACAUUCCAGGUUUAUGUAGAAAUCCAAUUGUCUUUGAUACAUAUAAACCACAAAUACUUGUUCAUGCUAUAAGAAUGAAAUUGUGAAUGCUUCAAAUUUAUUUGAGAGUGAUUGUAGGGGGUCAAACAGUGUUACUGGGCUGACCUCUCCUAUCAAGAGUCUGACCACCUACCCCUCCCUGUGGCAGCAGAGAAGUUGUCACAGUUACUGAGAAAUCGGUUUAUUAUUAAAUAUCUGUCGAUUGUAACGUAUACUUCAUGUAAGCCACAGUGGGAUCACUCAUGUACUUAACACAGCAUAGGAUGCACACUUGCCAACUCUGAAAAUAAUUGGCAACCCUGUGAAGUCAUAAUCAGCAUGGAGAUGUACAGCCCAUGCAAACCAAUAUUCUUAAGUCUUAUUUCACGUUCAGAUGCAAUGUUAUUCAAAAUUCUAGUCAUAAAGAAACAUUUUCACUUUUUAUUUGAUUUAGUCCUCUUACAUUGGGCCUUAUGCAAACUGUAUUUAUGUCUGUGUGGAUAUACUGUAAAAGAAUGGCGUGGUACAUUGAUCAUUUCAGCAUAUAAUCAGUUUAUUUUAAUUUUGUUUUUCCAUUACACCACAAAAUUUGUUUAUAUAAUUUCAAGUAAAUUUCACACUGAUGUGCAAAACUUCCUCAUAGGAACACUACAUAUGUUGCCCAACAAAUUAUUUUGACUUUUAUCCAGUAAUAUUUCACAGCUAUCAAAUAUGUAACCUAACAAAAUGGGUUAGAAGACCAUCUUAUUGCAAUUAAACUGAUUUUCACUUUUUAUCAGAAUGUCAAAAUGUGUGUGAUGUAUGGAGUAGUAUGAUUGUGUGGUAUUUGAAUGUAUUAAUUUUUCUAAGACUACAUUUGUCAGGUUUGCUGGAAAAUAGAAUAUUAUAGUUGUACCUCAGUAGCAUUUUGGAUAGCUUCAAGUCUUAUUACAGAAUGAAUCAGUAUCCUCUGUCCAUUGAUAAUUGCUAUGCUAUUUGUAGAUUUAACUUCAGUUAUAACAAUUAUAAAUUAAAUAAAAUGUACAUCUAUUUUUGGGAGGGUUAUCUGUGGCCUUUUUAUCAGUAACAAAGUAACACAUUCUCUGAAGCCUGGUAUGAGCCUGGUCAAGGAGAUAGGAAUUCAAGUACGAAAAGCCAAAGGUAGGACUUACGCACUGUUGCAUCCUUUAGAACAAUGCACGAAGACUUUAAGGCUCUUGUGUAUAAUUGUGUCCUUGUCUUUUUAGGUAUGUAUGUAGCUAUGUAGUUUCAUUUGGUGCACAGUCCACUCUGUUACUUCGGUAAAAAUUCAAGAGAUGUGCAUUUUGUUAAUACAUAAACGAGAAGUAAGUUGUAAAAAGGGGGAUUUUUUAAUGUCUUCAAUUAGUUUAAUAAAUAUUACCUUAGGAUCUAAGGUAUAUUAAGUUUUGUUAAAUUUUUUACUUUUUCUGCUCUAUUUAAUUUCUCUUUUGUAACCUCAGUGUACAUACAAAAUAUGAUUUGUGUAAAUAGAAAAUUGUUUAUAAGGAACAAGAACCUUUAUUAGGAUUUCAUCUACAUAUGUAAUAUGAAAUGACAAGAGUCAUCCACAUAUACAAAAACUUCUGUAGUAAUGUAGUACUGUAUUCAAAAUAUAUUACUUAGGAUUCCUGUGGCUUGUAUUGUAUGUAGAUGUUGGUGUGAGAAUCAUUGCAGAAACUGAAAGGCAUGAACAAGGUGUUGGCCUAAAAGUGAGUAAGAAAUAGACACACAUUAAAGUAAGUACUUUUAUGAAACAAAAUAAGCCAGCUUGCACCUUUGGAUAAGUAAUUAUAAUUUUAUUUAUGCUUUGGACUUCAUCACUACAUCAAUAAAUGUCUUUCGCAGGGAAAACAGGUGGUACCCCAUGCUUGCUGUUCCAUAUUGUAAAGACUAGCAAACAAAAGGUUCUUUCAAGGCAGAUUAGAUAUUACUCUUCUAAUUUCUAGAAACCCUGUUGGCAUUUCUAUUUUAAGAACAAAUAAGAUCAAGAACAAAACAUAUUAUACAGCCAUUUUCUUAGCAGAAUGAAUUAUACAGAGGACAAUUCUGCACAUUUCUUGUAAUUAUAAAUAAAAGGCAAAGUCAUCAGUAGGGUAGCAGGUAAGAAAGCACAUACUGUCGACACUGUAAACAUUUUUCAGUGACAGUACUUUGUAGCUUGCUGUCUCUGCUCCUGUGUCAGUAAUGUCUUUGGUUUGUGUACUGUAAGCAUUUGUUUUCAUUCUACCUACUAGCUAGAAAUGUAGGCAAAAUGCAGAGUUUUGUCCUGGCCAAUACACUAAUGUGAAAUGAAUGUCAGAUAUGUUGUUUGAAAGUAUAUACAGAUUCCCAAUUGCAUUUCCAGUGUCCUGUUAAUGACUUCAUUUCUAUUGAAGGAAUAGUGUGGAUGAAGUAUUGCUUAUUUUUCUGUAAAGUGUAAUGCUGAGCUUUUCAAUUAACCCAUAUGUUAAAUUUUGUACUUUAGAAAAAUGAAAGGUACUUUUUUUAAUAUACGCACACAGUGAUACAUAGUGAUUGUCUGAAAACUGAUGGACCUUUCAGUUUCAGUAUGUGUGUGGCAUGUACCAUUGUUAAGUUCCAUACAUUUGACCUUUUUGCCAGUAAUUAAUAUAUUUGAGACCAAACGACAAUACAUCUGAUGUGUCCUUAUAUUUAUCAUAAGCAUUAAUAUGAACAGACAUGAUUAUCAUGAAUUUUAAAACUAUCCUUACCAUUAGUUCCUUCAGUAAGUUAAUAGACUGCUGAUCGCUGGUUUGUAAUGAAACAACAAUUUCAGAAUCUCAAUGAGGAAUUUUAUGACAAGCAUUUUGUAAAUGUAAUAUAAAAAUUCUGUGUCAGCAACAAUAGAUUGGAUCACACACAGACAAUACCAGCUGUUAGCAUUUGUUUGUCUAACCUUUUAAGUGCUAAUUUAAAAACAAGAUGGUGUAAAUCUCUUUAAUUUUUCACACUUACAAAACAUUGAAAUAAAUUUGACUGUACUACAUAAUACAGGUAAUGUAUGUAGUAUGGUAUUAGAUUGAUGGACUCUGAGCAUAAUUUGGAAUGUGUGUGGAUAAUAUUUUUAGUUAUUGCUUGUUAAAAAAUCUCUGGAAAUAUUCAAAUGGAGUUAUGAUAAAAUACCACAUUUUUAAUCA